GAAGGCACAGCGGGGCGAGGACUCGGCGCCCGGCAGCCACCCGCAGUAGCGGAGCGCGGCCCGGCCAUGCCUGCGCUCUGGCUCAGAUGCUGCCUCGGCGUCGCGCUCCUGCUGCCCGCCGCCCAGGCCACCUCCAGGAGGGAAGUGUGUGAUUGCAAUGGGAAAUCCAGGCAGUGCGUCUUUGAUCCAGAGCUCCACAGACAGACAGGCAAUGGGUUCCGCUGCCUCAACUGCAACGACAACACAGCCGGAGCUCACUGCGAGAGGUGCAGGGAGGGCUUUUACCGGCAGCGAGAACGAGACCGCUGCCUGCCCUGCAACUGCCACUCAAAAGGUUCUCUCAGUGCUGGAUGUGACAGCUCUGGACAGUGCAGGUGUAAGCCGGGUGUGACAGGACCCAGGUGUGACCGGUGUCAGCCUGGCUUCCAUAUGCUCACUGACGCUGGGUGUGCUCGAGACCACAGACAACUAGAUCCCAAGUGUGACUGUGACCCAGCUGGCAUCUCUGGACCCUGUGAUUCUGGCCGCUGUGUCUGCAAACCAGCUGUCACCGGAGACCGCUGUGAUAGGUGCCGACCAGGUUACUAUCAUCUGGACAGGGCAAACCCUGAGGGCUGUACCCAGUGUUUCUGCUAUGGGCAUUCAGCCAACUGCCACAGCUCUGCAGACUUCAGUGUCCACAAGAUCACCUCAACAUUCUACCAGGAUGUUGAUGGCUGGAAAGCAGUUCAGAGGAACGGGGCUCCUGCAAAGCUCCACUGGUCACAGCGCCACGGGGAUGUGUUUAGUUCCGCCCGAAGAUCGGACCCAGUGUACUUUGUGGCGCCUGCCAAGUUUCUUGGUAAUCAGCAAGUGAGUUAUGGGCAGAGCCUGUCUUUUGACUACCGCGUGGACAGAGGAGGUAGACACCCAUCGGCUUACGAUGUGAUCCUGGAAGGUGCUGGGCUACAGAUCAGAGCUCCCCUGAUGCCUCUUGGCAAGACGCUUCCCUGCGGGAUCACGAAGACUUACACAUUCAGGUUAAAUGAGCAUCCAAGCAGUCGCUGGAGCCCCCAGCUGAGUUAUUUUGAGUACCGAAGGUUAUUGCGGAACCUCACCGCCCUGAUGAUCCGAGCUACCUACGGAGAGUACAGUACGGGCUACAUUGACAACGUGACCCUGAUUUCAGCCCGCCCUGUCUCUGGAGCCCCAGCACCCUGGGUUGAACAGUGUGUAUGCCCUGUUGGGUACAAGGGACAAUUCUGCCAGGAUUGUGCCUCUGGCUACAAGAGAGAUUCAGCAAGACUGGGGCCUUUUGGCUCCUGUAUUCCUUGUAACUGCCAAGGGGGUGGGGCCUGCGAUCCAGACACAGGAGAUUGCUAUGCAGGAGACGAGAACCCGGACAUUGAGUGUGCUGACUGUCCCAUUGGUUUCUACAAUGACCCACACGACCCCCGUAGCUGCAAGCCAUGCCCCUGUCACAAUGGCUUCAGCUGUUCAGUGAUGCCUGAGACAGAGGAGGUCGUGUGCAACAACUGCCCCCCUGGGGUCACAGGUGCCCGCUGUGAGCUCUGUGCCGAUGGCUAUUUCGGGGAUCCCUUUGGGGAACGUGGUCCAGUCAGGCCUUGUCAGCGCUGCCAGUGCAACAAUAAUGUGGACCCCAAUGCCUCUGGGAACUGUGACCGGCUGACAGGCAGGUGCUUGAAAUGCAUCUACAACACAGCGGGUAUCUACUGUGACCAGUGCAAGGCAGGUUACUUCGGGGACCCGUUGGCUCCCAACCCAGCAGACAAGUGUCGAGCCUGCAACUGCAACCCCGCGGGCUCCGAGCCUGGAGAGUGUCGGAGUGACGGCAGCUGUGUUUGCAAGGCCGGCUUUGGAGGCCUCAACUGUGAGCACGCAGCACUGACCAGUUGCCCCGCUUGUUAUGAUCAAGUCAAGAUUCAGAUGGGCCAGUUUAGCCAGCAGCUUCAGAGCCUGGAAGCCCUGGUCUCACAGGCCGGGAGUGGUCGCCGUGGUGCAGUCUCCAGCUCGGAGCUGGAAGGCCGACUGCAGCAGGCUGAGCAGGCCCUUCGGGACAUUCUGAGAGAAGCCCAGAUUUCGGAAGGUGCCAAGAGAACUCUUAGUCUCCAGCUGGCCAAGGCAAGGAGCCAAGAGAACAGCUACCAGAACCGCCUGGAUGACCUCAAGAUGACUGUGGACAGGGUUCAGGCCCUGGGCAGUCAGAACCAGAACCGAGUUCAGGAUACAAGUAGGCUCAUCUCUCAGAUGCGCCUGAGCCUGGCAGAAAAUGAAGCUUCCCUGCAAAACGCUAACAUCCAUUCCUCAGAGCAUUAUGUAGGACCAAAUGGCUUUAAAAGUCUGGCUCAGGAAGCCACAAGAUUGGCAGACAGCCACAUUGAGUCAGCUAACACGAUGAAGCAACUAGCAAGGGAAACUGACGACUAUUCCCAGCAAGCGUUGUCCUUGGCCCGCAAGGCUCAGAGUGGAGGAGGCGGAAGUGACAUCCUGGACAGCUCCAUGGUACAAGGUCUUAUGGGAAAAUUAGAAAACACCAAGUCCCUGGCCCAGCAGUUGUCAAGGGACAGUACCCAAGCUGACAUUGAAGCAGAUAGAUCUUAUCAACACAGUCUCCGCCUCCUGGAUUCAGCAUCUCAGCUCCAGGGAAUCCAUGAUCUGUCCUUUCAGGUGGAAGCGAAGAGGAUCAGACAAAAAGCUGAUUCUCUCUCCAACCUGGUGACCAGACAGAUGGAUGCCUUCACACGUGUGCAAAACAAUCUGGGGAACUGGGAAAAGGAAACACAUCAGCUUUUACAGACUGGGAAGGACAGGAGACAGACAUCAGAGCAACUGCUUUCCCGUGCCAACCUUGCUAAAAACAGAGCCCAAGAAGCGCUAAGUACAGGCAAUGCCACUUUUUAUGAAGUUGAGAAUAUCCUGAAGAACCUCAGAGAGUUUGAUCUGCAGGUUGAAGACAAAAAAGCCGAGGCUGAAGAGGCCAUGAAGAGACUCUCCCAUAUUAGCCAGAAGGUUGCAGAAGCCACUGACAAGACCCAGCAAGCAGAAACGGCCCUGGGGAGUGCCGCUGCCGACACCCAGAGGGCAAAGAACGCAGCUAGGGAGGCCCUGGAGAUCAGCAGCGAGAUAGAACAGGAGAUAGGGAGUCUGAACUUGGAAGCCAAUGUGACUGCAGAUGGGGCCUUGGCCAUGGAGAAGGGACUGGCCACUCUGAAGAAUGAGAUGAGAGAGGUGGAAGAGGAGCUGGCCAGGAAGGAGCUGGAGUUUGACGUGGACAAGGACACCAUGCAGCUGGUGAUUACUGAAGUCCAGCAAGCUGAUGCCAGAGCCAAGAGUGCCGGGGUUACAAUCCAAGACACGCUCAACACAUUGGACAGCAUCCUACAGCUGAUAGACCAGCCUGGCAGUGUGGAUGAAGAGGGACUGAUGCUAUUAGAACAAGAGCUUUUCCAAGCCAAGACCCAGGUCAACAGUCGACUGCGGCCCUUGAUGUCUGAGCUGGAGGAGAGGGCCCGGCAACAGAGGAACCACCUGCAUCUCCUGGAGACAAGCAUAGAUGGGAUUCUGGCUGAUGUGAAGAACCUGGAGAACAUCCGAGACAACCUGCCCCCGGGAUGCUACAACACUCAGGCUCUUGAGCAACAGUGAUGCUGCCAUAGAGAUUUCCCCGCUAAGGUUCUUGGGACAUAGACCUAAGGGAUCAGGAGCCAUCUCAUGGAUGGGGCGGGCUGAGGAUAUUUGAACAUGUUUAAUGGGUUUGUUCAGGUCUGUUGGACCCAAUUCCAUCCCUGAGACUAUGGGU